AUGGGGGACCAAGAGCGAGAUCCUGAGGAUCUACUCUCCUUCAGCACGACCGAGAACACUGCAAACUCGCGUUUUGAACUCCAGUCGCGCAUCAAACUCCAAGUGGGCGAGCGACAGUUCAUCACAUCACGGGACACCCUCAAGGGCGAAAGUACCUACUUCGCCGCACUCCUUUCCGGCCGCUGGCCUGCAACAGACGCAGAUGGCAGCUACUUCAUCGACUCGGAUCCCGCCUUGUUCGAACACGUCCUACGUUAUCUCCGCACGGGCAACUUCCCCCUGUUUUUCGACAGCGCCACCCAUACCUUUGACUACGGCAAGUACGUGGCCCUUCUUGGCGAGGCCAAGUACUUCGGCAUUGCGCAGCUGGAGAAAUGGAUCGAGAACAAACGGUAUCUGGAUGCUGUCGAGAUCGAAUACACCACACAUCAGGCCGAGAGCACCGAUCUUUUCCAGCAGCCCUACAGCGGCCGUCGUACCGUCAAGGCGGACGAAAAGCUGGAGUUCACAUAUGGCUGGGGAACUAAGAAGGUCUUCAUUUGCCCCCGGGCUAUUGGGGCUCAUCGGGGCAACCCAGAUGCCUGCGGCGCGAAAUGUCACAAGGCACAAGCGGGGUCUAUGGGAAUGUUUGAGGACGAGCCGGUGAUGACGGGAAGGGUCAUCAAGACGAAGCUGGUGUUCAAGCCCGAAUCCUGCCUUGGUCUUCAGCAGGGCUGA